CCAUGGCCCCCGACCCGGUGGCCGCCGAGACCCCGGUUCAGGGACCUACCCCGCGCUACUUCACCUGGGACGAGGUGGCGCAGCGCUCGGGGUGCGAAGAGCGGUGGCUAGUGAUCGACCGUAAGGUGUACGACAUCAGCGAGUUCACCCGCCGGCAUCCAGGGGGCUCCCGGGUCAUCAGCCACUACGCCGGGCAGGAUGCCACGGAUCCCUUUGUGGCCUUCCACAGCAACAAGGGCCUUGUGAAGAAGUAUAUGAACUCUCUCCUGAUUGGAGAACUGUCUCCGGAGCAGCCCAGCUUUGAGCCCACCAAGAAUAAAGAGCUGACUGAUGAGUUCCGGGAGCUGCGGGCCACAGUGGAGCGGAUGGGGCUCAUGAAGGCCAACCAUGUGUUCUUCCUGCUGUACCUGCUGCACAUCUUGCUGCUGGAUGGUGCAGCCUGGCUCACCCUUUGGAUCUUUGGGACAUCCUUUUUGCCCUUCCUUCUCUGUGCCGUGCUGCUCACUGCAGCUCAGAUCCAGGCUGGCUGGCUGCAGCAUGACUUGGGGCACCUGUCGGUCUUCAGCACCUCAAAGUGGAACCAUCUGGUACAUCGUUUUGUGAUUGGCCACCUGAAGGGGGUCCCUGCCAGUUGGUGGAACCACUUGCACUUCCAGCACCAUGCCAAGCCCAACUGCUUCGGCAAAGACCCAGACAUCAACAUGCAUCCCUUCUUCUUUGCCUUGGGGAAGAUCCUGUCUGUAGAGCUUGGGAAACAGAAGAAAAAAUAUAUGCCGUACAACCACCAGCACAAAUACUUCUUCCUGAUUGGGCCCCCAGCCUUGGUGCCUUUCUUCCUCCAGUGGUAUGUUUUCUAUUUUGCUAUCCAGCGAAAGAAGUGGGUGGACUUGGCCUGGAUGAUCACCUUCUACAUCCGCUUACUCCUCACUUAUGUGCCACUAUUGGGACUGAAAGCCUUCCUGGGCCUUUUCUUCAUAGUCAGGUUCCUGGAAAGCAACUGGUUUGUGUGGGUGACACAGAUGAACCAUAUCCCCAUGCACAUUGAUCAUGACCGGAACAUGGACUGGGUUUCCACCCAGCUCCAGGCCACAUGCAAUGUCCACAAGUCUGCCUUCAAUGACUGGUUCAGUGGACACCUCAACUUCCAGAUUGAGCACCAUCUUUUUCCCAUGAUGCCUCGACACAAUUACUACAAAGUGGCUCCCCUGGUGCAGUCCUUGUGUGCCAAGCAUGGCAUAGAGUACCAGUCCAAGCCCCUGCUAUCAGCCUUCGCCGACAUCAUCCACUCACUAAAGGAGUCAGGGCAGCUCUGGCUAGAUGCCUAUCUUCACCAAUAACAACAGCCACCCUGUCCAGUCUGAAAGAAGAGGAGGAAGACUCUGGAGCCAAAGCAGAGGGGAGUUUGAGGGACAAUGCCACUGUAGUUUAAUACUCAGAGGGGGGUGGGUUUGGGGACAUAAAGGCUCUGACUCAAACUCC